ACUUCAAGUAUCUCCAUCCAUCAUCAUGAUAAGCACUAGAAGGAAGUAAAAUCCAGAUUUGCUGCUGCAUGUUUGUUCUUGUCCUCUCUGCUUCAUCUUUCCCAAAAUGAAUAAAAACCUUAAUAUGCUGUUCUCAUUAAUUUGUCUUCUUCUGUAUAACUUCAUCUCUCCAUCUUAUUCACUCCCUUUAUGCACAGAUUUGAGAGCACCUGCUAUUCCAAAAAAGCCUUUGGCUUUUUGUCUAUAUAAUGGAAAAGUGUGUUGUGACUCUUCCAAAGAUGCGCAAUUAAAGAAGAUUUUUGAGGGUAUGAAUAUAUCUGACACUGCAUGUAGUUCUGCUGUCAAGUCAAUAAUCUGCUCAACAUGUGAUCAGUUCUCAGCAGAGUUGUUUAAGGUGAAAUCAGGGCCAAGACCAGUUCCUGUCCUUUGCAAUUCAACUGCUACAUCAGCUAGCUUUUGUUCAUCUGUUUGGGAUUCUUGCCAAAACAUACCAAUAGCAAAUUCUCCUUUUGCACCAUCCUUGCAAUCCAAAGCAGGAGGGACCAAAAACUCAAACUCCUCCUUGCUAACAGACUUUUGGCAAUCGAAAACCGAUUUCUGUCAAGCAUUUGGUGGAAACUCAGAUAAAGAUUCAUUUUGUUUCAAUGGAGAACAAGUUCCACUCAAGAAAAAUGAAACUUUGCAGCCUCCCAAUGGCAUGUGUUUUGAGAAGAUUGCGGAUGGAGCUUACCUUAACAUGGUCCCUCAUCCCGAUGGAUCGAACCGAGCAUUCUUCUCCAAUCAGGCUGGAAAAAUUUGGGUAGCAACUAUACCUGAUCAAGACUCAGGAGAAGCAAUGGAACUUGAUGAAUCAAGCCCAUUUGCUGAUUUGACAGAUCAGGUUUAUUUAGAUGCAAGAUUUGGGAUGAUGGGAAUGGCUUUCCAUCCAAACUUUGCCAAGAAUGGAAGGUUUUUUGCAUCAUUUAACUGUGACAAGUCUAAAUCCCCUAGUUGUGCUGGCAGAUGUGCUUGUAAUUCAGAUGUUGGUUGUGACCCUUCUAAGAUAAACCCAGAGGAUAAUAAGCAGCCAUGCCAAUACCAUACUGUCGUUGCAGAGUUCAGUGCUAAUGGGACUGCACCAAGUCCAUCAAUGGCCGAGAAGGCGAAACCAUCAGAAGUGAGGAGAAUAUUUACCAUGGGACUUCCAUUUACAGCUAAUCAUGGAGGACAGAUUCUCUUUGGCCCCGAAGAUGGAUAUCUCUACUUUAUGAUGGGAGAUGGUGGAAGCAAGGGUGACUCUUUCAAUUUUGCUCAAAAUAAGAAGUCCUUGCUUGGAAAAAUUAUGAGGGUGGAUAUUGAUAACAUACCAAGUCAAGAAGAAAUAUCAGACCUUGGACACUGGGGUAACUAUUCAGUUCCUCGAGAUAAUCCUUAUUCACAAGACAAAGAUUUGCAGCCUGAAAUUUGGGCGCUAGGACUGAGAGACCCUUGGCGCUGUAGCUUCGAUUCAGAAAGGCCUUCUUACUUCAUCUGUGCGGAUGUUGGCCAGGAUCAUUAUGAAGAAGUUGACAUCAUCACGAAAGGGGGAAAUUAUGGAUGGAGCAUGUAUGAAGGUCCUUUCCGCUUUAAAAAUGCUUCAGCUGAUGAUUUUGUGGAUUCCAUCUUCCCAGUGUUAGGAUACAGCCAUUCUGAAGUAAAUAAAGAGGUCGGAUCUGCAGCCAUAUCAGGUGGCUAUGUUUAUCGCUCCAAGACUGAUCCCUGCAUAUAUGGAAGUUACCUUUAUGGAGAUUUGUAUGCUAAGAACUUUUGGGCAGCUCAAGAAAAUCCGUAUAACAGUGGGAACUUUACAACAAGAGGCAUACCGUUCAGUUGUGCUCAUGAUUCCCCUCUCAACUGCAGCUCAGUCCCCAAUAGUCCAUUGCCUGCUUUAGGGUACAUAUUCUCAUUUGGACAGGAUAACAGGAAGGAUCCCUAUGUUUUAACAAGCACCGGUGUAUACAGAGUGGUUCGUCCAAGUCGCUGCAACUACACCUGCUCGAAGGAGACAGCGAGGACUGCUGAGGGCCCAGGUCCCUCUGCACCUUCAGAUAGCCAUAUUGCUAAAGCAGAUCAUUGCACGGUCCUUGUUCUUUACUGCCUGCUGCUUUUGACUAGCUUCAUCUUGUAGUUAUGCCGUGUGAUUAUGAGAUCACCAUUAUACUAAUAUACAAACUACAGUUUGUAUUGGAGCAAUUGUAUCUUGUCGCCGAACAGAGAAAGCAACUCUUAAGAUAAAACCCAUGACCAACUCUGAAAGCGCAAA